AUGCAAGAUUCUCCCUUGUUAUCAAGUCCCGAUGAGAAGAAAUUUGGUCAUCUUCAUCACCAUUCUCUCAGUAACAGUCAUUCAAAAUCACAUACAAAUUCAAAUGCUUCAUCAUCGGAGUCAAUCAAUGGACAAAAUAGUGAUAAUAACGAUAAUGAUUCCGAUAGUAAACGAAAGAAACGUCGUAAUCGUACAACAUUUACAAGUUUUCAAUUAGAAGAAAUGGAACGUGUGUUUCAGAAAACACAUUAUCCUGAUGUAUAUGUUAGAGAACAACUUGCACAUAGAACUGAUCUAACUGAAGCAAGAGUACAGGUAUGGUUUCAAAAUCGUCGAGCAAAAUGGCGAAAACGAGAACGAUAUGCUCAAGUUCCUCAGAUACGCACACUUGCCAAUACAUCAAAUCCAUACGAUAUGGCAUUGAUCAGUAGUAAUGCCGUCGCACAAUAUCCAUCAUUAUCAACAAAUAAUUGGUGUAAUCAAACGGGAAAUCCUAUGCAAAUACAAUCGUGUGGUAAUGGUGGAAUUUCACCAUCAUCAGUAACAAAUCCAAUACAAAAUUUUAUGGGAACAUUGGGAACAAUGCCCUAUCCAUUUCCACCAUCAUCCUCUAUUGGAUCACAAAAUACAUCGAAUUUUAACUCAUCGACAAUGUGUAAUUAUGGUUAUAUUAGUCCCGAUCAUCGUCAAUCGAGUAUAGCCACAUUGCGUCUAAAAGCAAGAGAACAUAGUGUAGCACUAGGCGGCAUGAAACAAGAAAAAAUAACAACCAAUCCAACGGAGUUGAUCUAUAUCCUACAUCACGUCUGGGGUGUAUUGUCUCGCAUAAGUGCAACUAUACAGAAUAUGCAUUUUUAA